AAGCCAAUGGAGGAGAGAGACGGACCGAGGUGAACAUGUACGUCGUCGCGAGAUAAAUAAUCACUGACGCUCCCCUCGCUUGGCUUUUGUAGGGAGGCGGGACGCAGCGGUUGUUGAUGGAGCGCGGAAGGCCAAUCGGAGCAACGCGUUUGUCAGCGUCUGAGAGAGAUAGCCAAUUCGCAGCCGGACUCUAACCGUCAAUCAACUGUGGUUCUGGAGAGUGGGCGGGAUGUUCGCGCGACUGUAGUUCCGUCAUCUCGCUCGUGUCCGAGGCUACGGGGGGCCAAUGUUGAUUUGGGCAAAUUCUCAUCGUUGUCGGACCCCGCCGAGGUUUAAUUUAUCAAAGCUGGGUUUCGGUAACAAAAAGUGGCAGGACCUCGAUUGAGAAUAUUGCCCGCCAGCGGUGGUAGCUGUUUUUUGGGCUGGGGGAGAGGUGGGGAUCCGGGGGGCCUGGCUCGGCGGGGGCUGCAAGGAGGGACAGGAGAAGACUGGAUCCUCCGUGCUCAGGCUAACUGCGCCGAGCUAGCUAGGUCUAGCGAAGCCCCAGAGACGGAGAUACCAAAAAGAUAGCUCCCUGUGGAUUUCAUCUCGAUUUCGACCGCCGGCUGUUGAUGACCGUGCGUUGAGUGUGCCCGCUACAAUCCCGUCUGGCUGUGGCACGGCAUCAGCAGCUGUCAGGCUAUUACAGAUCAAGACCUCAGAGUUAACGCUCGGUACAGCUGGAUUUAGGAAAUACCGUUCAGACUUAAUCGAGCUAAGACCGGCUUGACGGGGCUGCAGGGCGGCCAGAGAACCACGGAUCGCCCGUUGACAACUUGUCAUCAUGGGCAACGCGCCCACGGCCAGGAAAGGCAGCGAGAUGGAAAGCGUCAAGGAGUUCCUUGCUAAAGCCAAAGAGGACUUCCUCAAGAAGUGGGAAAACCCAGCACAGAACACUGCUUGCCUGGAGCAGUUUGAGAGGUUGAAAACCCUGGGCACGGGCUCAUUUGGCCGUGUUAUGCUGGUGAGGCACAGAGAAACGGGACAACAUUAUGCCAUGAAGAUCCUCAACAAGCAGAAGGUGGUAAAGCUCAAGCAGAUCGAACAUACGCUGAAUGAGAAGAGGAUCCUCCAGGCAGUCAGCUUUCCUUUUCUGGUGCGGUUAGAGUACUCAUUCAAGGACAACACUAACCUCUACAUGGUGAUGGAAUAUGUACCAGGUGGAGAGAUGUUCUCCCAUCUACGGAGAAUUGGCAGAUUUAGUGAGCCUCAUGCUCGAUUCUACGCUGCUCAGAUCGUUCUGACCUUUGAAUACCUGCACGCUUUGGACCUGAUCUACAGAGACCUGAAACCUGAAAACCUGCUCAUAGAUCAACAGGGCUACAUACAGGUGACAGAUUUUGGCUUUGCCAAACGUGUAAAGGGCCGGACCUGGACACUGUGUGGCACCCCAGAAUAUCUGGCCCCAGAGAUUAUUCUCAGCAAGGGAUAUAACAAGGCAGUUGACUGGUGGGCGCUUGGUGUACUCGUCUAUGAGAUGGCAGCUGGGUACCCUCCCUUCUUUGCUGACCAGCCUAUUCAGAUCUAUGAAAAGAUCGUAUCAGGGAAGGUGCGUUUCCCGUCUCACUUUAGUUCAGACCUGAAGGACCUCCUGAGGAACUUGCUACAGGUGGAUCUGACAAAACGUUACGGGAACCUGAAAAAUGGCGUCAAUGACAUAAAAGGACACAAGUGGUUUGCAACCACUGAUUGGAUUGCCAUCUACCAGAAAAAGGUGGAAGCUCCCUUCGUCCCCAAGUUUAAAGGACCAGGCGACACCAGCAACUUCGAUGACUACGAAGAGGAGGAGAUCCGCGUCUCCUUCACUGAGAAAUGUGCCAAGGAAUUUGCUGAGUUCUAGAGUAAAGAGAGCUAGAGAGGAAGAAAGAAGGAAGUAGGGAAAGUCAAGGUAGGCUGGUCAAGUGGGAGACAUAAGGAGAGAACACAGUCUCCUGUCCACAAGCACCAGCUUCAAAAAGAGAAAAAUGAAGAUAGAGAAGGGAAAAGAACGAGGAGACCGAUAACCAGCAGUGUUGCCUUUUCUGUUUAACUUCUGUUGUAUUUUAUUUAUUAUUCUGUCUUAUUUAUGGAUCCCUUUAUAAUGAAAGUGUGCUUCAGAUUCAUGGGUAACCUCUCUUAUUUAGAGUUGCCUCUACACAUCUUCACCCAAGAUCUUCUUGUCUUCUUUAUUGUUACAUUCAUCAUUUGUUCACUUUUAGACCUCAAGACAGAGGAAUCAGUCUGUACUAAUCUACUGCAGUAUAUUUGACAUUUCAUGGGGUACAUUUAGUCUUAAAUUGAAAUUUAUUUGUUCGUUUCUCGUGAGCAACAGCCAGAUUAAUGUCAAAUUUUCAAUAAGUCACAUGCACUCUCUGCUUAAAUGACUAUGUUUUACAGUUAUGUCUUAAUUUUUUCGUACAUAUGGAAAUCAUUGCCCUGUCAUAUUGUUGACAGCUAACUUCAGAAGUACUGACUUUGACCAAAAGAAAAAUAACAGAUACACUAUGUGCUCAGAUUUGAUCAGACAGACAUAUGAACUAAGGGAAAAAAGUCAGUCAAGUUUACCACAUAACUUCAUCUGUACUUCUUGUCGGUGUUAUCAUAGCCAGGGUUUAUGCAUAUCUACAGCUGUCAAUUUUUAGAUGUCCUCAGAGACUAGUGGUUCCAACGAUAAUCAUGUUACACUAAAACAAGGAUAAUAGAAGGGAAAUAUUCUAGUUGUAAAGGUUUUGUGAAGGUACACCAUAGCAUAUUGGUAUCUCAGGUCUGAACAUAGAGGCUCAGUAGAGGCUCGACAAAAAGCAUUAGGGUCAGCAGGGAAAGGAAUAGUGUUGGUCACUUAUUUAAGAUAGACGGCAGAUGUGAGGAGUCAAGUGAUGGUUGGAGUUAAGACGUCCAUGAAGGGCAUUGUUGACUUUCGUUUUGCUUCUUCCACAGUUCUCUCCUUCCAGUAGAUUUGGUUUUGUUAAAGCAACAACUCAGUUUCAUCUUCAAACUAGUUGCUGUCUCUUGUUGGCGCAUACUCACUAGUGAAGUUAAACCUGCAUGUUAAAGAAACCAUUUGGCCCUGGACACCUUCAACUUUAAGAGGUCACCUGAAGCAGACUACCUCACACUGCUUCAGGCCAGCGGUCAGAGGAGCCCAUUGACCAUUGAUGAUGGUCUGAUGGUGUACUUUAGCCUUAUGGUCUUCUAUAGCAAACCCAUGCUUAUGUUCAUCUCCCCAGCACCAGGCCCUAUCCUCUUAUUCCUCUUAUCAAACUUGGACUACACUCCAUGUGACAAUCUUACAGGUGACAGCAGCUUUGUCGUGUUGAAAUAUGACUUUUAUUUAGUUACAUUAAAAAUGACUGGCAUGAAGAAGUUACAAAAGGGUAGCACACCAGGAGUAGGAUAGAUCUUGUACUAAAAAGAGACA